CACUUGUCCAUCAUUCUCACCAGAGUUCCUUGAUCGUUCAUUUUACUUUCGAUCCUCUGUUAAAUACGUCAACAUUCCUCAAUCUCUUUCACCUUGAUCCCUUUCGCUCUCAUUGAGUCAUUGUCCAACUCUCCAUAAUUAAUUCUCUUCGAUCUCUCGCUGUCACCAUGAUCGACGGUGUAGCAAUAUACAAUAUUGUGGCGGCUCUUGUGCCGCUAUAUGUGCCCAUGAUAUUAGCCUAUGCCUCAGUCUUGUGGUGGAAGAUCUUCACACCGGAACAGUGUUCCGGCAUAAACCGCUUAGUGGCACUGUACUCGGUUCCCUUUCUUAAUUUCAAUUUCCUAGCCUUUAACAAUCCUUAUGCUAUGAACCUCAGGUUCAUAGCUGCAGACACUCUUCAAAAAGUCAUCAUUUUGGGCGCUCUUUUUCUAUGGAGUGCUUUCACAAAGUGUGGUAACCUCGAUUGGACCAUCACGCUUUUUUCUCUUUCCACUCUACCAAACACACUCAUCGUGGGCGUCCCUCUUCUGACGGCCAUGUAUGGAGACUCAUCAGGUAGCCUGAUGAGUCAAAUCUUUGUCAUGCAGGGCGUCGUGUGGUUCACUCUAAUGUUGUUCUUGUACGAAUACAGAGGCGCCAAGAGCCUAAUUUCGAACCAAUUCCCCGAGAAUGGAGGCUCCAUCGCCUCGUUUACUGUGGAUUCUGAUGUUAACUCUCUCAACGGUAACGAGCCGCUGCAGGCCGACGUGGAAAUGAAGGAAAAUGGAGAACUUCAUGUGGUGGUGAGGAGCCAUUCAUUCAACAAUGACUCUCCUUGUAACUGUUCAACGUCAAACCAUUGUAGCGAGGCAGAGAUCUGUUCCAUGCAACGAUCUUUGAGUUUUAAUACAACACGUGAUCUCAAAAGAGAGGGUUCUAAAGAGGAGAUGUCGAAGAUCGACCAGGAAAAAAUGUCCAGGAAGGACGCUUGUAAUCACCUUUCUAAUGGAGUGAAACAUGAAUCGAUUGACAUGAGUCCUAAUCUUAAAGCAAUGGGAGACAAAGAGGUUGGGAUUGUGAAUGUGGUCCAAUAUCCUUUAAGUGAGGGCCUAAAAGAGGAGAAAAUUGAAGAAGGAGAUGCAUACAAAAAGCAGCAGCAAAUGCCACGUGGUAGUGUCAUGACAAGGCUUGUUCUAACCAUGGUUUGGAGGAAUCUCAUUAGAAAUCCUAAUACCUACGCAUGUGUUUUAGGACUCGCAUGGUCUCUCAUAUCAUUUAGGUGGAACAUCAAAAUGCCAUCAAUUGCGAAAGGUUCCAUUUUAAUACUGUCAAAAACCGGGACCGGAAUGGCCAUGUUCAGUUUGGGUCUAUUCAUGGCAUUACAACCCAAGACCAUUGCUUGUGGAAAAACUUGGACAACAAUUUCUAUGGUGGCUCGGUUCGUGGUUGGACCAGCCGUGAUCGCUGUAACCUCCAUAGUCAUCGGCAUCCGAGGAGUUCUUUUGCGUGUUGCAAUUGUUCAAGCUGCUCUUCCUCAAGCUGUCCUCUCCUUUGUAUUUGCUAAAGAAUACAAUCUCCACGCAGAUAUAAUAAGCACAGCAGUCAUAUUUGGAACGGUGAUUUCGCUGCCCAUAACAAUAAUUUACUUCGUGCUUCUUGGACUCUAAUUAACUCAUCGUUGAAGGCAAAAGUAGACGAAAAUAAAAGUUUGUAUAUUUAUGGUAAAAAUUUGUCAAAACUUAUUUGUUUACACUAAUCAAUUUUACUUAGCAUCGCUAGUUGUAGCAUAA